GACCGAACGUCUCCGCGCGCUGUUCUCCUUCCCUGCCACGCUUCGGCUCACUCUCUCUCUCUCGCGGGAAACCCUAGGCAUCCCCUCCUAUACUCCUACCUGUUGCGUGCAAGUCGAUCGGCGACUCGAACAACCAACGACCAGCAUUCUCCCAGCGGUGGCUUCGGUGCAACGCGACGCCUUCUUCCGUAUUCGCAGAUGGCAUUUAGAGGCCGGGGCAGGGGCCGAGGUGGUCGUGGUCGUGGUAUGGGUGCAAUUUAUGACACCCGAAUUGCAAAGCAUGUACCUUAUGAAGAAUUCCCGGAAGAUGUUACUUUGCCUAGUGUGCCUAGUGUUGAUCCUUUAUCAAAUGAAGUAAAAGCAUUGAUAGCAUCAAAGAUAAAGUUGGAAUAUUUCUGGAAAGGCUCUUGCUACAAUUUGCAAGAGGGAGGCUCUAAAUCAAGGAGCCAAGUUACAGAAAUUGAACGAUUUUCUGACAGGUUCAAGCAAAAGGCACAAGGAAAACGUGAAGCUCUUGCACAUUAUCUCAAACUAACACCUUCAAAUUUCCCAUCUGAACUUAUUCAAGGAUCCAAACGUGUGCAUCAUGAGAACAAGAAAUUACGAUGGGAUCGAGCUCCAGAGGAUAAGCUGUUUGAUUUGUUUGAAAAGCUUGAAGAGAAUUACAAGGGCCAGGAUGGAAAGGUGUUGAAGGAGAAAAAAGGUGAAAGUGAUGAUGAGGAAGAUGCGGAAGAAGAAGUAGAAGAGGAGUCCAGUGAUGAUGAUGAUUAUAACCAGAAUAUCGAUUUUGAUGACGAUGAGGACGAUUUAAAUAUGGAGGAAGAAGAGCAUGAAGAUGUGUACGAAUAGAACACUCGAAGAACCACAGUGGAAUUCCAACCGGAGGAUCACAAUUUUCGGACUGCAGUGCUGCUGAUUUGAUGACAGUUAACUGCUGACAAUAACUUGUUAUCCUGUGGACUUUUUACAGGAGG